AUGGUAUUGUUAGAGAAUAUCAUACAACUGCAACAAGCUUAUGGUAAUUUAUCCACGUCAAUACCAACAUUGGAUAAUAUUCUACAUCAGACACAAGUGAAGUCAAGAAUUUAUGAUUUCCAAUCAUCACCAAGUUGUAAUGGCAUGUACAUUGUUUUAAUUUCGUUAAUAUCAUCCCAUUUGAAAGAUAAUAAACCGGUUUUGAUAAUUGAUACAUUGACUAAGUUUCCAUUUUAUUUUCUUAAACAACAACCUGAAUAUGAAGAAUCGUGGUUGAAAAAUAUCACUCAUUAUAAACUUGAUUCAUUUGCUAAAUUAUAUGGAUUUUUAAUUAAAUGUAAUCUUGAAACAAAUACUAUGGUUAUAAUUAAUGAAUUUCAUGAAUUAUUAAAAAUGUAUAAAUUGGAAUUAUCUUCAAUUUAUGAAGAUAUGAUUUUGAAACAUCAUAUUGAAGUUAAUGAUACAAUUAUAGAAAAUAAACAAUCAUCAACUACUGAUCCAAAACCAAUACCACAACUACCUCAAAAUACAGAUUUAUUAAAAACAAGUCCUAUAAUAAAAUAUGAAUCUCAUGUGGCAUCAUUAAUUUCAAAUUUAAGGAAUAAAUGUCUUCAUGAAAAUGCCUUGAUUUUUCUACUAGGUUAUUUAGAUACAAAAUUUCGACCUUAUAAAACUAAAAGUCAAGAUCUGAUUGAAUCUACUUCAUUUCAAUCAUUUACUGAUAAAGGUAGAGUUGUGUUAUCUCCGUUUAAUAUUCAUAAAAAUUUAAAUGAUUUGAAAAUUCUAUUCUAUCAAGAUUGGUAUCAUAAUUCACCUCAAUUUAGAAAAAGUCAACAAGUUAUUGGAAAACCUAAACUUAUUACAAUUGAAAAAUCACAAUUAAAAUUAGUCUACGUUGCUGAAGUUAUUGUAGAGAAUAAAAGUCUACCUUCGGUAUAUUUUGAUAUUGAUAGUCAAUUCUACUAUGAGAAUAGCACCCAUGAUAACUUCGAUGGAAAAUAUUCUCUUCGUGAUUUAUCAGAAAUAAUUGAAGAAAGACCUCCUAUUUCAUCAUCUCCAAAUGUUGAUGAAUAUACAGUAUUAGAUGGUAAUGACAUGGAUGGUGGUUUAUUGACGAUUCCAAACAAAGCUGUCCCUGAUCAUACUGACACGGAUGUUGAUAAUGAAAUAAUUGAAGAUUCAGAUAAAGAAGGUGAUAGUUCUUUUAUUAAAACUGUGAAUACCUCAAAGAACUAA